AUGCGCGCCACCACGCGCUCCUCCGAUGUGGCGCGCGUAGCCUUCUCGGGAGGCGGCUGCGUCGGUGGCGGCCCCACGCCCACACGGUGCAGGCUCAGCUCUGAAGAGGAGCUGGCGGACGAGUCGCGGCGCCGGUGCUGCAGCGGCAGCGGCGCCGGCGCCGCCUCCUCCCACCUGCGACGCGAGCACGACGGGCCGGGGGCGGCGGAGGCGGCCGGCGGCGAAGCUGGUGGCGGUGCGGGGGCGGGCGCGGCCUCUGCCGGCUGCUGCUCGCCGGUCCCCGGCAGCGCCUCCACCUCCUCCUCCACCGACGCCGCCGCCACCGCCACGAGCGGCACAGCUGCUGCCUCUGCCCCCUCAGAUGUAGCUGCGGGUGACAAGGGGCUCGACUCCAGAACCGCCCCAGGAGAGCCUUCCACCGCCUCCGUCACCGCCGCCGCCUCCGCCGCCACCACCACCUCCUCCUGGCCACCCGCGAUGCUGCUGUCUUCUUCUUCCUCUCCUCCGCCCCCGCUGACCCCAGCUUCCUCGCCAUCGGGUUUGCUACUGCUCGUUGGAGCAGGGUCCCUGUAA